CCGCCUGAGGACCUUUAAAGCCUUGGGACUUCUCAUUAGAAGCACAGAGUGAUACUGAGAGAGCAGGGUGCCACUUUUACAGGGGAACUUGGAAAGUAAACUGCGUAUGCUCAUCCUCUCUAGACUUGUUACCUGAGGUCGUAUGCAUACACACACACACAUAGCAACACACAGAGAGAGAGGUGCAUCUGUGUGUUUUUAAGGCUGAGUCUCCAGAAGCGGAGAAGGAAUUAAAACUUUUGGGAUUACAACGGGUGCACUUGAUUUACUUUUUGGACACCUUGGAUGAAGUCUUCCUGAGUUUUUGUUCCGAGCUUGAAAAGAAAGGUAUGGCACAAGGACAAAAGAGCUCCAGGUGGGCAUUUACCCAGUGCCCAUUCCACAUGGCAAUGGGCCUUUGGCUCCUCUCGCUCCUCCACCUCCUCCUCAGCGUGUCAGCCGCAGAAGAGUACGACUACUACAGCUGGCAGUCGGACAACUUCCACAACGGCCGCUUCUAUACCAAGCAACCCCAGUGCGUGGACAUCCCGGCCGACCUGCGGCUGUGCCACAAUGUGGGUUACAAGAAGAUGAGGCUGCCCAACCUGCUGGACCACGAGACCAUGCCUGAGGUAAAGCAGCAAGCUGGUAGCUGGGUGCCCCUCCUGGCUAAGCGCUGCCACGCAGACACCCAGGUCUUCCUGUGCUCACUGUUCGCGCCUGUGUGCCUGGACCGGCCCAUCUACCCGUGCCGAUCGUUGUGCGAGGCCGUCAGGGACAGCUGCGCCCCCGUCAUGGAGACCUACGGCUUCCCCUGGCCGGAGAUGCUGACGUGUGAUAAGUUCCCCAUUGACAACGAUCUGUGCAUCCCCAUGCAGUUCACCGCCAACCAUGCCACCCAGCCACCAGUGUCAAAGGUGUGUCCCCCGUGUGACAAUGAGUUGAAAGCAGACAACAUCAUGGAGCACUACUGUGCCAGCGAUUUUGUCCUUAAAAUGAAAAUAAAGGAGGUGAAAAAGGAGAAAGGCGACAAGAAGCUGAUCGCAGCCCAGAAGAAGAAAAAAGUGCUGAAGCAGGGCGUGUUGCGGAAAAAGGAUAUGAAGAAGCUGGUUUUGUACAUCAAGAACGGGGCCAACUGCCCGUGUUCACAGCUGGACAGCCUGGGCUCCAACUUCCUCAUCAUGGGCCGCAAAGUGGACCAGCAACUGUUGCUUAUGUCCAUCCACAAAUGGGACAAGAAGAGCAAGGAGCUCAAGUUUGCCGUCAAGUACAUGAAAUCCCAUCAGUGUCCAACCUACCACACCGUCUUCCAGUGAUGCAACUCGCCGUCCCAUCUGCAGAAUCCAUCGCAACUCUACAUGCUCAUGAUUUAUUUUUCCAAAAUCCACCUUUGAUUCACAAUCUCACAAAAUGUGGUCCAAAGACCAUAGGGUAAGGCUUUUAUUUCUCCAGCUUUAAUAUUAAAUGGGAAUAGGGUUAUUAUUUUUUGUGUGUCAAGUAAUACAGGAGGCUGUUCACAUGACAAUUUAUUAGGAUUUUGCACAAAAAGUACUGCACUGUAUUUGGUGGGAUAUGGAUGUAUUUUAUAUUGCCUGAAAUAGGUUUAUUUUUAUAUUCAUGCUUUUUUUUUUUUUUUUGAAGAGGCCAGGACCCAAUUCGUCUAAAUCGGGGCAGACACUGCGUAAAUAAGUAUGGGUCACGAUCAUUUCCAACCCUAACGCUAUCCCUAACUCCUGAAAACUUUAACUCUAAUGUUAGCCAAACCAAGCCAUGCUAACCCAAACGCUGACCCAAAACACCCAAUUCUAGAACCCUAACCCAAAGUGUAGUGGAGGGGUAUUAUGCCAUAAAUUGUUUUUGUGUGUGGUGCAUAUCUGCAGGGGUUGUACGUAGAUGGAAGUAUUUUUUGUGCUCCUUCCUACUAAAUCAUCAUGAGAACACGCCGAGUUGAGUAAAUCACUUGUACAAUAUCUGACAGCAGUAUAUGCAAUUAGACACUAGAAAUGAAAAUAGGAGCCGGGAUAUUCCGAAUUCCAGCUGAAAUCAAGUUUGAUUAUGUAAUGUCUAUUGUGAGAGUGAGGGAGUAUUGUUUUUUUUUUAAAUUGCAGAGGAGUGAUUUGCUAAAUGUGGACUGUGCGGGAUAUAUAGACAGCCCACAUAGAUGAUUUGAAUUAUGCACAAAUUAGGUAAUUCCCAUGCAUAGAUGAUUAGGAAAGCAUUUACCCCUUUGGGGGAAGACGAGGUAAGGAGUAAGAUGAAGCGCUGAGAGACAAAUUGACUGGAGGAUGCUGCCAUUGACUGUGUGGCUUGAAAGAUGGAAACUUCCUACAUUUUGAAAUGGAAGAAAGAAAAGAAAGUUCCUAAGAAGAAGCCAAGUAAAGAGACUCUGGACAGAGCCAAUGAUGUCACCUGUACUCAUUGUUUCUUUUCUGGGUUAAUGUUUUGUUUUUUUAAGGGGGGGUAUUUUUUUUCUUUCUUUGUUCCUUAAAUGUUUCCUUUUUUGUACUUCUGUGUUUCACUUUUCUGUGGUAUGAUAGCAAAAUCACAUUUACACACAUAAUACAAAACAAACAUAGUUACUGUUCUUGUCACAAUAAAAGAUUAAAUUUAACCAUGACAAUAUUUCUUACAAUCAGUUAACCUGUAAGUAGUUCUGUUACUGAAAUGCAAAAUGUAAAUGAAUAAAGUAUAUUUGAAAUUUUUUAAAGAA